GCUUCAGGGACCCUCCCAGAGGCACUUGGGGCUCCGAACAUCGGAAUGGAGACCUGGGGGUCUCCCUCCUACAUCCCUGCAGCCGGGACCCCUCCGGAGGUUCUUGGUGUUUCCAACAUCCAGACAGAGACCUGGGGGCCACCCCCCUACCUGCCUGCAGUGGGGAUCUCAUCAGAGCUGAACAAGGCUGUCACCUCCACUGCGUCACCCUGGCUGACCCCUCCCCACUCUGCCGGGGCCGGGGCCCCCCUGGAUCUCCCUGGUGAUGUCCUGGACACGGGACUGCUGCUGUCAGAGCUCGUGGGCACAGGGACAGAGACCCAGGAUCUCUCUGCGGACCUGCUCUCACUGCUGGAGGCUCUGCUGCCAGCACAGCCCCGGCACUGACCCGGGUGAGUCCCCGGGCCUGGAGCACCCACGAUGCCCGUCUGGAGCCCUGCAGCUUGGGGACACGCUGGCCCUUGGGCAGCUGCAGGAACAAGCUGCCCGUCGGAGCCUGGAGCCGUGCUGGACGCGCCGGGCGUGGCUGGAUGUGAAUAAACCCUUGUGCCCUC